AAUGUGUGGCCCGUGAUAACAAACCAAUUGCUCUCUCUCAAGGCCCAGUCUGGUAUAGGAUAUGAAUGAGCAACAAUAAACGGCUUUAGAAACGCGUCAAUGUAACUUCUUGAACAGAACGAACAGCCGUUACACAACGUGCGUUUGUAGACGCUACGAACAAAAUCAUGGACGACGCCGUGAAACACUUGGAACAAGUUGUGACCAGUAUGGAAAAAAGAAUUGACACAUUGAGUUGGAAGAUUAAGAAAUUCGAACUGGUGCUGUUUACAGACAUUGAGAUAUCUGAAUCUUGUAGAAUUAUGUCAUUGAUGACCAAUUUAGCCAGAACGUGCAAUAAGUACGACGAAUUAUUAUCACGGGUUGCCCAACAUAAAAAAGAACAACUUGAAUUCACCGAAUCAUUACAAAUGCAUGUAAACAUAGUAAAAAACAAAGUACAAACCUUAAGGGCACUUGUAACUAAUGGUAGUGCUGAUAGAACGAAUGGAUUAUAAACUUGUAUACAAGUUAUAAUUCUAAUAUAAAUAUAUAUUAUACAUUAAGUAUUUUUUUUAUUUGUAAAUGUGAAGAUUGACUUUUAAAUA